AUGGCUUGUGGGGAGCCCCGAUUCCUCACGUACUCUACACCGCGCUGUGGGAUCGCCAAACACAAUACUGUCACCGGGUCCUUACCUUGCGCUGAAUGGCAACCAGUUCGUCGAAAUACAUAUGUCAAACUAAUAUAUGGAGCUACUGUGACAGGAGCCCACAAAGGAAUUGGCCAGGCUGAGGUGAUUACACUGGCAGAAGCCGGAGCUAGCCUUAUCCUGAUCAGAUUGUCAUCAUUGAAGCGGUCACUGCUGAACGCAGCAAGCACUAGUGUCAAUGUCCUUGUGAACGCCGCAGGGAUUCAGCGCCGUUCUGAAGGCCAAAAAUUCCAUGAUCAUGCAUCCUACUCUCAUUGGACCAUUUAA